AUGCGAUAUGAUUCACGGACUCCUGAAUGUAAUGAACAAGCUCGUGUACCUCCUGCCAGAAGUCCUACCAAUGCAUCUAUGUCCACUUUGUCGUUUACAUCUGACGAUUCAACAAGAAUGAGUUAUUCCAUGGAUGAUCGAAAUGGCAGCGAAAUGGAAUUUUCGAUCUCGGGUUCAAUGGAUGCACCUACGUAUCGUGAUAAUGAUGGUGCUCAGGAUGGUGAUGGCCCACAAGCACCUGGUAUGCAAAAUGCUAUGCAACAAGAGGAUGAUGCCAAUACCAAUGACCAGGCCAGUACCAGUGAAGAAGGACGCAGCUGGAUUUUCGCCUACAAGUAUGGUGAACGAUACAUGACUGAACAAGGCAAGGAGCGUAUCCGUUGCAAAGUUGGCAAUUGUACCAAGACGUAUUCAAGUAUCAAGAAAACUACAACAACAUUUAUCACGCACCUUCGCAACUCGCAUGGCAUUACCGAGUUCACUGGGCCUCAUGCACACGAUAAGAAACGAGGAGGCCCACUUGAUUCAUUUCUGGCAAAGCGUACCAGAACAUUCGACCAAAAUGAAUUCAACCAGCAAUUCAUCAAGUUCCUUGUGUCCGGCAAACUGCCAUUUACCACGUCUGAAAAUAAGCACCUUCAACGAUUGUUGGAGAUGGCGCAAAAGGCACCAACAAUGGCUGCUAUCAAACUUCCAAACGCUGAUACAUUUGCAAGGAAGACCACUGUGGAGUACCAUGCAUGCUAUGAUCGGCUUAGGACCAUGUUACAUGAUUUGCCUGCCAUUUCAUGCACCUUGGAUUGCUGGACCAGCCCAUUCAAUCAGGCUUUUCUUGGAGUGACAGGCUACUGGAUAUGUGAGAAGACAUGGACCAUGCAAGAAGUCAUGUUGGGAUUUGAACCUCUUGAUGGGCCACAUACAAGUGAGAACCUUGCAAGCGCUUUUACCACUUUGUUGGAUAACCUUGGUCUUGGUGCAAAGUUGUUCACAAUAACCACCGACAAUGCAUCGAACAUGGAGAAGAUGGCUGACCUGCUUGAAGCACAUUCAUUACAAGACAAUGCAUGGUCUUUCAUGGCAACUCGACGUAUCCCAUGUGUUGGCCAUGUCAUCAAUCUUGCAGUACAAGAGAUAAUCAAGAAUGGGUUUUCUUCAGAGGCACCAGAAGAUAUUAUGGAUGUGGAUAAUGAUCUGUGUGAUACCACUACCCUUGCCAAGCUGAGAAAAGGCAUAUUGAAGAUCAGAUCAUGA